GCUCUCCGCCGCCCGCGCCGCCCCGCAGCCCCCGGCGACCCCGCCGUCCGCACAAGAUGUCGGCCCGGACGCCAUUGCCCACGGUGAACGAGCGGGACACGGAGAACCAUACAUCUGUGGAUGGAUACACUGAACCACAUAUCCAGUCUACCAAAUCAAGUAGCCGACAGAACAUCCCCCGGUGCAGAAACUCCAUUACAUCAGCAACAGAUGAACAGCCUCACAUUGGAAAUUACCGUUUACAAAAAACAAUAGGGAAGGGAAAUUUUGCCAAAGUGAAAUUGGCAAGACAUGUUCUAACGGGCAGAGAGGUUGCUGUGAAAAUAAUAGACAAAACUCAGCUAAAUCCCACCAGUCUACAAAAGUUGUUUCGAGAAGUUCGAAUAAUGAAGAUAUUGAACCAUCCUAAUAUAGUGAAAUUGUUCGAAGUUAUUGAAACAGAGAAGACCCUCUAUUUAAUCAUGGAAUACGCAAGUGGGGGUGAAGUAUUUGAUUACUUAGUUGCCCACGGAAGAAUGAAAGAGAAAGAGGCCCGUGCAAAAUUUAGGCAGAUUGUGUCUGCUGUUCAGUACUGCCAUCAAAAGUGCAUCGUUCACCGUGACCUCAAGGCUGAAAACCUUCUCCUUGAUGCUGACAUGAAUAUUAAAAUUGCUGACUUUGGUUUUAGCAACGAAUUCACAGUCGGGAACAAAUUGGACACAUUUUGCGGAAGCCCACCGUAUGCUGCCCCUGAGCUUUUCCAAGGGAAGAAGUAUGAUGGGCCUGAAGUGGAUGUAUGGAGUCUUGGCGUCAUUCUCUACACGCUGGUCAGUGGCUCCCUACCUUUCGACGGCCAGAACUUAAAGGAACUGCGGGAGCGAGUCUUGCGAGGGAAGUACCGUAUUCCCUUCUACAUGUCCACAGACUGUGAAAAUCUCCUAAAGAAACUAUUAGUGCUGAAUCCAAUAAAGAGAGGCAGCUUGGAGCAAAUAAUGAAAGACCGAUGGAUGAAUGUUGGUCAUGAAGAGGAAGAACUGAAGCCUUAUACAGAGCCUGAGCUGGAUUUCAAUGAUACAAAAAGAAUAGACAUUAUGGUGACCAUGGGUUUUGCCCGAGAUGAAAUAAAUGAUGCCUUGAUAAGUCAGAAAUACGAUGAAGUUAUGGCUACAUAUAUUCUUCUAGGUAGAAAACCACCUGAAUUUGAAGGUGGUGAGUCACUGUCCAGUGGAAACCUGUGUCAGAGGUCCCGGCCCAGCAGUGACCUGAACAACAGCACGCUUCAGUCCCCUGCCCACCUGAAGGUCCAGAGGAGCAUCUCAGCAAACCAGAAGCAGCGGCGUUUCAGUGACCACGCUGGCCCCUCCAUCCCCCCUGCUGUAUCAUAUACCAAGAGGCCUCAGGCGAACAGCGUGGAGGGCGAGCAGAAAGAGGAACGGGACAAAGAUGCAGCUCGCAAACUUGGCAGCACUACCAUUGGCUCAAAAAGCGAGGUGACUGCAAGCCCGCUUGUGGGCCCGGAGAGGAAGAAGUCUCCAGCUGUCCCAAGUAACAAUGUGUACUCUGGAGGUAGCAUGGCAAGGAGGAAUACGUACGUGUGUGAAAGGACCUCGGAUCGGUACACCUCACUGCAGAAUGGAAGAGACAGCAGCCUUACAGAGAUGUCUGCAAGUAGCAUAUCUUCUGCCAGCUCUGCUGUGGCCUCUGCAGUCCCCUCAACCCGACCCCGCCACCAGAAGUCCAUGUCCACAUCUGGCCAUCCCAUUAAAGUUACACUGCCAACCAUCAAAGAUAGCUCUGAAGCUUAUCGACCUGGUACCGCCCAGAGAGUGCCUGCUGCUUCCCCAUCUGCCCACAGCAUUAGCGCGGCCACUCCAGACCGGACCCGCUUUCCCCGCGGGAGCUCCAGCCGAAGCACCUUCCACGGAGAACAGCUCCGCGAGCGGCGCAGCGCUGCCUACAACGGACCCCCUGCCUCCCCGUCCCACGAGACGGGUGCCUUUGCGCAUGCCCGCAGGGGGACAUCCACGGGCCUCAUAAGCAAAAUCACGUCCAAGUUCGUUCGCAGGGAUCCAAAUGAAGGCGAAGCCAGUGGCAGGACGGAUACGAGCAGAAGUGCAUCAGGAGAAGCAAAGGAAAGAGACAAGGAGGAGGGCAAAGACGUCAAGCCGCGUUCUCUGCGGUUCACAUGGAGCAUGAAGACCACCAGCUCAAUGGACCCUAAUGACAUGAUGAGAGAAAUUCGAAAAGUAUUAGAUGCAAAUAACUGUGACUAUGAGCAAAAGGAGAGGUUUUUGCUUUUCUGUGUCCAUGGGGAUGCCAGACAGGAUAGCCUUGUACAGUGGGAAAUGGAGGUCUGCAAGUUGCCACGGCUGUCUCUGAAUGGGGUCCGUUUCAAGCGAAUAUCCGGGACAUCUAUUGCCUUUAAGAACAUUGCAUCCAAAAUAGCAAAUGAGCUUAAGCUGUAAAGCUAUCUGGAUAUACAUGAUCAGGGAGGAUGCAUCACAUAUGAGGUACAGUGUUUGAAUGUACAGUAAGGCCUGAUAUGGCCCACCUGUGAAUCUCCCUAUGUAGAAUUUGCCCUUAAUGCAAUAAGGUUAUACAUAGCUAUGAACUGUAAAAUUAAAGUCAGUAUGAGCUAUAAUAAAAUCUGUAGCUUAAACAAUAGGUUCACAUGCACAGGUAAGUAUACUGUGUAUUUCUGUUCAUUUUUUGUUCAUAGAGUUGUAUAAUAAAAUAUGAUUGCUUAAAAUCUUGUAUAGUUGUCUAGAUUUCUGCACAUAAAUGUAAGUUUAAUGCUUUGAGUUGAAAAUGUUUUUCCUUGUUAUUUUCACUCUGGUGGGUUUUUUAAAUUCUUACCUCCAUCAUGCUAUCUUAAAAUUGUGUCCAGGAUUAAAAGUGCACAGAAAUAGUCUUUAAAAUUGUAGCAUGAACUUUAUAAAAUUACUUUAAAGUCACAUUUAAAGGAAACCAGAAGCUGACAAGUAGAUCGGCUGUGUCCCCUAGAACUGUUCCUGCCCCCCUCUGUUCCCCGGCCUCAUCACCCAGCAGGGUUAGUUGAGAAGGUUUACGGUGUUUACAGAGUCAGCACUUACACCUUGUAAGAUAAAGUACAUGAAAAUGAAUGCCAGGUUCACCUACAGCUGACCAAGAAGUACCAAGGAAGAGCUCAGCCUAUAGCAGAUGUGUUCCGAGCUGUAGAGCUGUCUGGCCCACUGCUACCUGUAGCAUCAAAACUGAAAAGACCAGUAGCUCAUCUGGCUGUGAGAACAUAAGCCAUCCCUUGGGUUUGCCUCCCUCAGAGCACCGCGGUGCUUGCGGUGACGUAAAUGCCGGGACUGUCAUAGCACAAGCUCGUCCUACACUGUCGGUCAGUGCGUCGUUAAGGACAACGCCACCUCAGGAAUUAACUGACACUGGGAACAUUUGCCUCAUUUCCCUCCCAUCUUCUCCAUCCACUUGCUGUAGUGUCUGUAAGUACUUAAGAAACUUAAGAGCAAAACAUAGUAUUUAUACCAGUUUUUUAUGGGUUUACACUUAACCGUGAUUGUUUAGUUUGCUCCCAUUGAUCCAUUUGUUUUUGGUGUGUUGCCAAAUUUCCUGUAUGUAUCACCUCGUGAUGGCUGUAGUGUGCAGCUCUGUAAUCCGGCAUUGGCUUCGUUCCCUUCAUCAUCAGUGACACAUGUAGUGUGAAGACACUAGUAAAGGAACAUUUUCAUACUUGUUACUUUAUACUGAAUUAGCCUUGGAGGUUGACUGUGCAAUGUUAUUUAAUGUUGUAAUUACUGUAAUACCAACACGGGUCCCAUCUGCACACUCAUGGAAAACAGAAAGUGUAUUCAAAGUUUAUCAGUUUGAAGAAAAAUAAAGCUCUGAUAAAUGCUGUAAUUCUGACCUGUGGUGGAAAGCACUUCCAAACCAAGCUGGCUGUCCAUGCUGUCCUGUAUCUUGACGUAACUCUCUUCUGUAAUAUCCUGUUCUAAAAUGAAGUGCAUACUUGCCUUAGCAAAUGGUGGUGUUUGAAGAAACAAACAAACAGACUGAAACAAAACAGUGUGGGCCCCUCUUAAGCUCGUGUUCACUCAGAACAGUCGACGCAAACCUUCACUCACCCUCACUGGUGCACACAGAAAUUUUACUUGAACAGAUCUCAUAAUAAAGCACUUGUCUUUUGCUCUUCAUCGAAUGUGAAUUACCUGUUUCCUGGUACAAAAGUGUUCUGUAUGAGGAGUGUAUUUUAUGUGUUCUAAAUUUAGUUGGUAAGUAAUGAUGCUAUAUAGGUUUUCAAUAUGUCUUGACAAGAAAAUUUAAUCUUUUAUAGGAAUUCCAGUCAUUGAAAUACUUUUCCAAAAAUGUAGACUUCAUGCCUUUCCAAAGUAGAAGUCUUUUAUGUUUUCUCACUCUGGCCAACCCUUGUGUUUUGUGGGAAGGAAUUUUACUUCAGUAUUUUUUAUGAACUAAAAAUGAAAUCUUGACAUUCACUUUAUAGUUUCCAUCUUCUGUGUUCAUGAUAAUAUUACUUUGAAGACUUAGAGGAAUUUUAAAAAUGUGUUUGCAUAAAUAAACACCAGUUCAUGUUCACUGGCUGUGUGAUAUCAGGAUUUCCUUGGCUCUGUGGAAAUAUUAUUUGAUAUGGCAUCCCAUAUAUUUAAUUAAUUUGUAGAAACUGGGACACAGUAUUUUGCUUGAUAAAUAAAAAUAACAAAAUGAAAUAUA